AUGGCGGGAAAUAAAAAAGUAGUAGGAAUUGGUGGGGAGAAAAUCAAUAUCGAGAGACGCCAUUUUAACGAGCGAUGCAGACAAAAUUGCUUCCAAUUUAUUUCGUUCGUUUUAUCGAUCCUUCUUUCUUUCUUCCUUUAUUCAUCAUUUAAAACUUUUCAGAACUACCACCAUUUUUUUUUCUUUUCUUUCUUCCUAAUUUUUCGUUUUUAUUUUGUAAAAAAAGUCUUUCUUUCAAAUUCCUUUGUUUUUUUUUCCUUUGGUCGGUCAGCUUCUUCAUAUUUUAUUCUCUUCGCGUCUCGUUUUAUAAUUUCCUCUUUUCUUUCCAUUCUUAACCGCUUCCUUCCUCUGUUUCAUUUCUUACCUGUAUUCCUUCCCUCAUUUCUUUUCCAUUUUUUCUUUCUAUUUUCUCCCUGUUCUCCUCUUCCCUUUAUUUUUCCUUCCCUUCUUUUAUCAUCUUCCUACCUUCCUUCCUUCUUUAUUUUCUCCAUUCUUUGCUCUUUUUUCUUUCCUGUCUUACGUCUUUCUUUCUUUCUUUUCCUCUCUAUACUUUCAUUCAUUCUUCUUUCGCUCUUACUUUUUUCCUUUCCUCUGCCUCUCUCUUCCUUUUUUUAUGAUUUCUGA